AUGUGCCAGUGCUGCCUUGAUGCCCACCCACUGCCUCUGCUUUUGGAUGAGGCCCAGGGUUUGGAGGCCCGGGCUGCGAAGGCUCGGGCCUGGGAGGCUCAAGCUUUUGAGGCUCAGAGCAGAGCCAGCCAAUCCAAGCAAAACUCUGUAUUGCGGAUGAUAGCUGCCCCACUGGCAAAACGGAAGCACUUACCUGAGAAGCUGCAGGUGCCAGAGAAGGAAAAGAGUAAGGUCCUCUUCACCCGUCCAGUCUGGUCCAACAAGGUUGAGUACAUCCUCGCCCAGGUGGGCUACUCCGUGAGGCCAGGUGAUCUCUGGCAUUUUACCUUCCUAUGGCUUCACAACGGAGGUUGCAGUUUUCUCCUUAUCUACAUCUUCAUGACGUUCUUGAUCGGGAUUCCUCUUCUCUUCCUGGAGAUGGCAGCUGGUCAGAGGUUGCGUCGGGGCAGCAUUGAUGUAUGGAAGCUCAUCAGCCCCUGGAUUGGUGGUGUGGGGUAUACCAGCUUCUUGGUGUGCUUCAUCGGUGGCUUGUACUUGAAUGUGGUCAAUGCCUGGACUCUCUCUUACUUGAGCCAGUCCUUCCAGUUUCACCUUCCAUGGGAGAAAUGUCCCUUAGUGAAGAACUCCACUGACUUUGAUCCUGAAUGUGCACAGACGACACCCUCCAUGUACUUCUGGUACCGGCUGACCUUGAAGGCCUCAGACAGAAUUGAGGAUGGUGGGCCACCAGUCCUCAGUCUGAGCCUGUCCUUAUUGGUGGCCUGGUGUCUUGUUGCUGCUUUCAUGAUUAAUGGGCUCAAGUCCACUGGGAAGGUAAUGUAUCUCUUGGUACCAGUCCCCUAUCUCAUCGUCCUUUGUCUCCUAAUCCGGAGUCUCCUGCUGGAUGGGGCGGUAUUUGGCCUUCGACAUUUGGCAUCUGCCAAGAUAUCGGCUAUGUACAGCAUGAAUGUGUGGUGCCGAGCAGGGACCCAAGUCUUGUUUGCCUUGGGCCUAGGCUUUGGCCCCGUUGUCGCCAUAUCCUCGCACAUGCACCCAUCAAACAACUGUCUCCAUGAUGCCUUUCUUGUGGCUCUUGUCAACCUGGUCACCAUGCUGCUUUUCACACUUUUUUUCUUCUCUCUCCUGGGCUUCCGGGCCACAGUCAUCACGCAGCACUGCAGUGAAAAGAGUGCUGAAAUACUUAUGAACCUGGUAGCCACGAGGAAGCUGCCUCUUGAGGCUCAGCCCCCUCUAAACCUGUUUGACCGCCCUACCUCUAUCUUCACCUCCUGGCUCAAGAACCUUCCCCAUCCCAUCAAGAGCAUGGUCCUCAGCCACGUGCCAGAGUGCAGCUUAGAGCAGCAAUUUUUGAAGGUUAAGGAGGGCCCAAGCUUUGCAUUCCUGGCCGUCACUGAAACCAUGUCAUUCAUUCCUGGGUCUGUCUUCUGGUCCAUCCUCUUCUUCCUGAUGUUGCUGAUCCUGGAGCUGAGCACCACAAUAGGGAACAUGCAGGGUAUCAUUACCCCCCUCCAGGACACCUUUUCUUGUUUCAGGAAAUAUACAAAGCUGCUUACAGUGGUUGUCUUUGUGCUCAUGUUCCUGUGCGGCCUCUUCUUCAUUCGACCUUCAGGCUUCUACUUCUUCAAACUGCUGACUGAAUACUGGAUAGUCCUCCCCAUAAUCAUCAUCGUCAUAUUUGAAAACAUGGCCGUGGCCUGGGCCUAUGGGGCCAGGAGGUUCCUUGCAGACUUUGCGAUCCUGUGGGACCGCCCCAUCUCUCCCAUCAUUCGAUGGCUGUGGUGCUGUCUGUCUCCAAUUCUACUGCUAGUCCUGUUGGUGACUACUCUGAUUCAUCUGUUUCUGAAGAGCUUCACCUAUGUGGCCUGGGACUCAAGCACUUCAAAAGAGGUGCUUCGACAAUACCCAUCAUGGGGGCUGCUCGCGAUGAUUGCCCUUGUUAUCAUUGGCAUCCUCCCCAUCCCCACAUACUUUGUAUACUGCCUCACCCAUGGGAUUCCCUUCAAUGUCACGAGCUGGCACAAGUCUAGGAUAUCCUCCAGAUGCCUACCCCUAAGUUUCCAACUAUCACCCAUUAAAGAGGUCCAGAGUGAGGAAAUCCUACAAGAUGAAACUGAAUUGCGAUCAACCUGUUUUGUGACUUCCUAA